AUGUCACCAGACUACCCGUUUCAAUGUGUUUGUUCUGAUUUUUUUCAAUACAAAGGGAUUUGUUACCUGGUCAUAGUUGAUCGAUACUCAAACUGGCCAAUUGUUGAAAGAUCAUCAAAUGGAGCAGCCGGACUCAUAACCUGUCUUCGACGCACAUUUGUCACUUUUGGAAUUCCCGACGAACUAGCAUCUGACGGUGGUCCUGAAUUUACCUCUACUGCUACAAGACAGUUUCUUCGUGACUGGGGUGUACACCAUCGCCUAUCGUCAGUGUCCUUCCCUCAUAGCAAUUGCAGGGCGGAAGUUGGAGUAAAAACCGUCAAACGCAUGAUUGCUGACAACACUGGUCCUAAAGGUGAUCUAGACUCGGAUGCAUUCCAACGGGCCAUGCUUCAGUACAGAAAUACACCUGAUAGAGACACAAAACUUUCCCCUGCAAUGUGCGUCUUUGGUCAUCCAAUCAGGGAUUUCAUUCCGAUUCCACCAGGAAGAUAUUCUCCUCACAAUACUUGGAGGGAAACGUUAGAUGCCCGUGAAGAAGCUUUAAGAAACCGCCACAUCAAACAGGGUGAACGCUUAUCAGAACAUACCAAAAGAUUGCCUCAACUUGCAACUGGCGAUUGUGUGCGUAUUCAAAACCAAAUAGGGCAUUACCCACUCAAAUGGGACAAAACUGGCAUCAUCAUUGAAGUCCGCCAAUUUGAUCAAUAUGCUGUGAAGGUUGAUGGCUCUGGGAGAGUAACUUUACGCAACAGGAAAUUUCUCAGAAAGUAUGUUCCUGUCAAGGGCAUAAAAACAACAAAGACCCUACAAGAUGACCUUUUUUUAUAA